AUCUCUCUCUCUCCCUCUCUGUGCUUUAUAGAUGCAUGUAAUCCCCGAGUUGACCCAGAAAACAAACUCCUCUGACUGCCGAGACGCCGCAGAGUUUGAAUCCGCCGCAGGGCUGCAUGUAGCCGGAGCAUCAGCUGGAGAACAACCCCGGCACCGAUCCAACUUCUCCGUACGGAUUCUCCGCACAUUCAAACAUCGGGGUGACAGAGCAGCCAUGGCUGAACACAUGAUGAUGCCCAUGACCCACGGCUUCAGGAUGGGCAUGAACGGACCUCCGCAGCACAGCGGGCAGCCCGGCCUGCGCGGUCUGCCAAACGGUCAGGUGAUGCACUACAGGAACCCGCAGAACAACAUGGAGGCUGCAAUGAGACAGCGGCCGGGCAUGGUGGGACCUGGAGGGAUGGCGGGCCCAGUGAACGGAGCUCCCAUGGCCAACCACCACCACCAGAUGAUGUCUGGGAACAUGAUGUACAAUGGGCAGGGCCCGCCGCAGCAGCAUCACCACAUGCAUCCCCAGCAGCAGCAGCAGCAGCAGCAGCAGCAGCAGGGUGGGCACCCACAACAGUACCACCACGGUAACCUCACCUCCCAGCAGCUCAUGGCCAGCAUGCACCUGCAGAAACUCAACACUCAGUAUCACGGACACCCUCUAAGCUCAGCUAACGGCCACCACAUGCCGAACGGAGCUCAGUACCGGGUGGGUCCGGCCCAGCUGUCGGGCAUGCAGCACAUUGGAGGCCCUUUGGGGCUAAAUGGCAUGGACAUGGAUCUGAUCGAUGAGGAGGUUCUGACGUCACUGGUGCUGGAGUUUGGUUUAGAUCGUGUUCAGGAGCUGCCUGAGCUUUUCCUGGGACAGAAUGAGUUUGACUUCAUAUCAGACUUUGUGUGCAAACAGCAGCCCAGCACGGUGAGCUGCUGAGCAGAGCAGGCUGAAGCUGGUUCGGUUUUGUUUGGACUGGACUGGACUGGACACCCCAAAGAAUGACUGAGCGGUCACAGUAGCACAGCGAGAAGAGACAAUCUCUCUGUUCUGUUUUGGGUGUUUCUGUGUCUGUGUUUGACAGUGUUUAGUACGCCUUCACACUGCGAACUGAGGAAGAAUAGUAACACAGCAAAGACACCAGGUUUCUCUUGUUUGAGGCAGUGCCAGGAAGAUCUGUCGUCUUUGGCCAAAAUUGAGGCAGCCUGAUGCAGCGGGCUCUGUCUGUACCCAUCUGGCCCUCAGCACAUGUGCCUGCAGUGCCAAGGCUUUGGGAAAAUUGUAAACUUACAGCGAGGAAACGCCUGAAAAGACUCUCCAUCUGGGUCUGCUACAUACUGUGGCAUCUUUAAAUGUAUUUUAUCUCUGAUGACACCUUCAAACAGUAGCAGACGUUUUACAAAUUUAUAAAAGGUAGUCCUUUGAAUUUGUUUGUACAAGGAUGAAGGGGUUUAGAUGGAUUUUUGUGUGCUUAUUGAAGGCUGGCUCUUCAAAUCUGCUACAAAAUAUCACAUAUUUCCUUGAAGAGCAGGAGAGUAAGGUUGUGCAGGAUUCCUGUGUGAAGUUAUGGGGUUUAUUGAGUUUGGGUUCUGUUGAAAUGUGCCACAUCGAUUCUUUGGCUUUCAGUGUCAUUUACCUGUCUCAGAUAGUAUCUGCAAUCAUUGAAUACGUUGCAUCUGUUCCCUGCUAAUUAACUGUGAUUGAAUCUUUGGCAAAGUAGCACAUUGCUUGGUGUGUUGUUGAAAACAAAGCAUUUAUCCGCAAAACAUGGCUCUAACAUCCCUUUGCUUAGACAUUUAGCUGCACAUUGCAGCCUGUUGCAAAGCCAAACAAAAAAAGCUGAAGGUGUGUGUCCCAAAUCUGAGGUGGGAGAGUUUUUUAAAAACAGGACUGGUUAAAAAGAAAAAAAAAAUGUGUGACAGGAGACAUGUGUGUUAUUUGUGUGUGUAAGUGUGGUGGAUGCAGUGAGGCAUUCAAAACCCAUCAAAAGGCAUUUGGCUCCCCUAAAGCUGCUGGAAAUAAUGACUUGAUAAAUUAAAAAUGCAAAAUGAAAUUAAGCAAAGAGUCUUAUUAAAUAUCCACCGAAAUAAGAGCAGUGUAAUAUUCAUAAUGAUUAUUAAAGCUGAACCAUCCAAAUUCAAAGCCAACAUCAAGAAGGUUUACAGAAACUUCAUGACCGUUCUCUGAGUUUGGAUUAAAACUAAUCUUUCAAAAGUUUAGAUCAUGCUCAUAAGACCCCAAAUUACAUAGUUGGAAGGAUUUUGUCAGUUUGGGUUUCCAGUGGCUUUCACCAUCGCUCCAGAGUGCUGCAGGUGAUUUAAGGCUGCACAGGGAGAGAGAUUUGGAUGUGUGGACACAAUGUGUGGACACAGCAGUCCCUGGCAGCACUUAGUUUAAUCAUUAUUUAAAGCUGCCUCUACCUGUGGCAUUGAUUUCAUUCAGCAGGAGGAGUGAGUGAAGAGCACAAAGCGGGCACAGUUGUUGUUUUUUUGCCAUAGAUUAGCUUACUCUGCUGCUUUUCUACUGAUUAGAUUCAAACUACAUGUUCUCACACGCUUGUCUUAAUUGAGGUCGGCUUGCACAUUCUGCAAUGACUCAAUAAUUAUAAAACGGACAUGUUUUUUUGCGCAGUUGGUAAUUAGGUUUUUGUCAAGGUUGCUGCUUCGCCGCUGCAGGCUGGUUGAGAGAGAACUUCCUGCUCUCAUCAGGCUAUUUGUGGAGCUGUCAGAGGGGUCAGGGCCACGCUGGUGCACUGUGUUAAUCUGUUCCAAUACCACUGUGCUGCUGCUGCUGUCCCUGUCUCUCUCUCUCUGGAGAUCUGCCAUCUCCGAGCUCUUCGGUCCAACAACGGGCAUUGAAACGCUGUGGUUAAAAAACGGCAGAAAAGUGCAGCAGAAAAAGUGCCGCUCUGUUUCACUCUCCGCCUGGCACACUGCAGCCAGAGCAACUCCCAACCUCACAGUUCAACUGGCCUUAGCAAGACAGUGGCCUCUGAUGACUGCUGUAUCAACGAGCGCAGCCUUCUUGUGUAUUGUAUCUUUGUACUGUAGACUAGAGGUGAAGUUGAUCUAGACACAUUUAAGGUACUUUCAGAAAACAUUGUCAGAUGUAAGUGUAAACCAGUGGAUGAUUUGAUGUGUUGACAAAAAGAUUAUAUCCUACAUUUUCUACAAACAAAGUGUGUAGAUACAGUUUGAGUUUGCGUGCAGGACCUGAAGCUUUAAGACCAAGUAGACUGCAUGUUAAAGCAAGCGUGAGGGACGACACCACUUUCCCACAGAGCAGCUGAGAAUGUACAGUACAACACUUUGUGGGAACUUGUCUUAAGAUGGUAGAUAAACAUGUGAGAUUGUACUCCUUGUUCCAAAUUACACAUCAUUCAUUUGGGUAUACCCCUCCUAAACCCCCCUCCCCUCCUUCUCCUUUCCCACUUCCCCAAAGCUUUUGUAAUGUUAUUGAUUCUAUUUUAAGAAAAUGUAUUUAUUUUCAAAUAAAAUAUUUAUUUAAAGAAACA